AUGGAUUGGGCGCGGUGUUUCAGCCCCGGCAGACAAGAAGACUCCUUCCCUCCAUUGCCAACCACAUCCCUCAAGAAAUUCACCUACAAGAAACUCAGAAAAUCCACCGGAAAAUUCAACGCCGCCAACAGAAUCGGCGAAGACACCUACAAGGGAACCCUCCGGCGCCGCAUCCACCACCUCACCCACCCCGUCCCCGACGCCCCCAAGACGACGGAGAUCAUCGUCCGCAACCUCAGCCGCGGCCUCCUCCCCGGCGAUCUCCCCAAAUGCCUCCACGAAAUCAAGAAACUCGAGACGAUCUCCCACCCCAACCUCGUCCCCCUCCUCGGCUACUGCGCCGAGCCCCGCCGCGAAGACCGCGCCUAUUGCUUCCUCGUCUUCGACGUCGUCAAGAACGGCAGCGCCCACGACCGCCUCCUCGACUACGACAACCCCCACAAACCCAUUUCCUGGGAAAGGCGGAUUAGAAUCGCAAUCCAAACCGGCCUCGCCAUGGAACACCUCCACGAAAACGGCGUAAUGUACCGAACCUUCGGCUCCCGGAGAGUCCUUUUAGACUCGGAAUUAAACGUCAAGCUAUCCUACGCCGUCUUCCCCAAGCUAAACGUGUACAAAACCAUAGCCGAUCUUCACAAAGACGAUCCCAAUUUAACGCCGGAAACCGUCACGAUGUUCUUAUCCCGGGCGCCGGAGCUCUUUACCUCGUACUCGACCACGAAGGAGAACGACGUUUACGGGUUUGGGGUUUUCCUGUGCGAGCUCCUCAUGGGGAAGCCGCUGUCGUCGGAGCCGGACCCAGAAACUCCGGUGCUGGAUCUGCUGAUGAAGUGCUUCUCCGACCGGAACAUCAUGGAAACGAGCAUGGAUCCGAGGUUGACCAGGGGAGAACAAAGGUUUUAUGAUCCGGGGACUGUGCUGAAGAUGGUGACGAUCGCCGGAAUGUGCCUGCAGAAACGGCCUGAAGCUCGGCCUUCCAUGAAGCAGAUCAACAAGUUGCUGGACAAGAUUUCUGAGUCCAAGGUCGAGUAUGGCAAUGAAGAUUUAGAGUCUUUCGACCACUAA